AUGGUGUCGUAUUCCGGUUUCAGGUUGAUAAAGGAAGCCUUGAGAGGGCAUUCCGGAUGGAAGCCGGCAUGGAGAAAUCCCGAGCCGCAACCCGGCUAUGACUUUGUCAUCGUCGGAGGCGGUGGACACGGUCUCGCCACAGCGCAUUAUCUGGCCAAGGUUUAUCGCAAGUCCCGCAUAGCAGUAUUGGAAAAGGGAUGGAUCGGCGGCGGAAAUGUCGGCAGAAACACAACGAUCAUCCGGUCGAAUUAUCUCCUGCCGGGCAACGAGCCAUUCUAUGAGCUGUCACUGCAGCUUUGGGAAGGACUUGAACAGGACCUGAACUACAACGCCAUGGUCAGUCAGCGCGGCGUCAUGAACCUCUUUCAUUCGGAUGCGCAGCGAGACGCUGCACGGCGGCGCGGAAACGGCAUGAUCCUGCACGGUUCCGAUGCUGAAUUGCUGGAUACGGAUGGCGUGCGGAGUGAAGCUCCCUUCCUCAAUUUCAACAAUGCGCGUUUUCCGAUCAAGGGAGCCCUGAUGCACAGGCGCGGUGGGACCGUGCGUCACGACGCGGUUGCCUGGGGGUACGCGCGCUCUGCGGACAGGCACGGCGUCGACAUCAUUCAAAAUUGCGAAGUCACCGGCUUCAGGAUCGAGAACAACAGGGUUUUGGGGGUAGAAACCUCAAGGGGCUACAUCGGUGCCGGCAAAAUCGGCGUUGCUGUCGCAGGAUCCUCGGGCAGGGUCAUGUCCCAAGCCGGAAUGCGCCUUCCCAUCGAAAGCCACGUCCUGCAGGCAUUUGUUUCCGAAGGUCUGAAACCGGUCCUGCCGGGUGUCAUCACAUUUGGCGCCGGGCAUUUUUACGUCAGCCAAUCCGACAAGGGCGGCCUUGUGUUCGGUGGCGAUAUCGACGGCUACAACACCUAUGCGCAACGCGGAAACCUGCCGGUUGUGGAAGAUGUCUGCGAGGGUGGCAUGGCUCUGAUGCCGAUGAUCGGGCGGACGCGGCUGCUGCGCAUGUGGGGUGGCGUCAUGGACAUGUCCAUGGACGGAUCUCCGAUUAUCGACCGGACGCAGAUCGAUGGCCUCUAUUUCAAUGGCGGCUGGUGCUAUGGCGGCUUCAAGGCAACGCCCGCAUCAGGCCGGGUGUUCGCCCAUCUUCUGGCGACAGACACACCGCAUGAGACUGCCACCGCCUACCGGUUCGACCGGUUCGAAAAGGGCCUCAUGAUCGAUGAGAAGGGCGCAGGCGCUCAACCCAAUCUGCACUAA